UCACGACAGGGAAACGGGCAAGCUGGCAACCCGGAGCCAUGUGCUCUGCUCAACAACCUUCGACGCUGGCAAACCAUGUCUUUACUUAAAUCGACGCAUUCACACCUCAGUAUAGCUGUGUGACCGCGCAAAUAAUCUCUCGGCUUAUUCAACGCAUCCUGCGCUAUGGCAUCACUUCUCCGCCAAAUCGUCGCGGGACCUCGCGCACGCCAUCCUGAAGCCGGCCUUGACCUUUGCUAUGUCACCGACAAUAUCAUCGCAACCUCUGGCCCUAGUGGCACCUACCCGCAACGCGCCUACCGCAACCCCUUGGACCAACUCGUAAAGUUCCUAAACAAGAGCCACGGCGACAAAUGGGCAAUUUGGGAAUUCCGGGCUGAGGGUACGGGGUAUCCAGACUCAGAAGUAUACGGGCGUGUCUGGCAUUUCCCGUGGCCGGAUCACCACCCGCCGCCUUUCGCACUCGUACCACGAAUCAUGGCUAGCAUGCGCAACUGGCUCAGAGAGGACAAGGAGCGCGUGGUUGUAGUACACUGCAAAGCUGGCAAGGGCCGCUCUGGAACAGUGAGCUGCUCAUAUCUGAUCUCAGAAGAGGGCUGGCAAGCCGAGGAUGCCCUCAAUAGAUUCACCGAACGCAGAAUGAGGCCUGGGUUUGGGGCGGGUGUUUCCAUUCCGAGCCAAUUGAGAUGGGUCGGCUAUGUGGACCGAUGGACAAGAGCAGGCAAGCUAUAUGUCGAAAGACAAAUCGAGAUACUUGAAGUGCACGUUUGGGGGCUUAGAGAUGGAGUCAGGGUUGUUGUGGAAGGCUUUGUGGAUGAGGGAAAGGCCAUGAAGACCUUCCACACCUUUCACCGAUCGGAAAGAGAAGUGGUGAGGGGAACAGUCAAAGACAGUGGAGGUUUGGCAGACGUGGUCGCGGAAGUCAUGGGCCGCAACACUGGCAGCAAGGCUCCCACAAGUGGAAAGACCUUGGAUCCCAAAGCUGACGGUCAGCUUGACGGCAAAUCGGAGGGUAAGAGGAGCGUAGAGGAGCCUGGAGACACCCAAGAUCAAAACCAAAGCCAAGGCGGUGGAGACGUCAUUUUCCGCCCAAGCAAGCGCGUAGUCCUGCCCACCAACGACAUCAAUAUCGACUUUGAACGCCGUAACAAAGCAAUGGCCGGAUUUACCAUGGUCACGUCGGUCGCUCACGUCUGGUUCAAUACUUUCUUCGAAGGCAAAGGGCCUGAAAAUAAGGGCGAGGCGGAAAGCUCGGGUGUCUUUGAGAUAGAAUGGGACAAGAUGGAUGGCAUUAAAGGCAGCAGCAGGAAGGGAACCAGGGCCUUCGACAAGCUUGCUGUGGUUUGGAGAGCUCUGCCUGACCAGGAGACUGGACGACCGGAUGUGGUUAUUAGAGAGCCCAGGGUAGGAGAGAAAGUCAAGCAGGCUGAGGCGGUUGAUUGGAAAGGCACAGCCAAGCCUUCGCCCGGUGGGAGCAAGGACCUUGGCCUGAGGACAGCGACUCCCAUGUCCGGGAGCCCUAUUGCCAGCAAGGCGAGCAGCAUUGGCGACCAGGAGGACCAGGGACAGCAGGCCGGCAUGGUUUCGCAGCAAGAUGCACUCAACGAAACGAUAGGCCUGAAAACCCAUGGGCCCAGUGGAGAAGGAAAGGUGAAUGCGCCAAACAGCGACUCGGAAGAGUCGUCGAGUCCGAAUGACGAGGCGCAGAUAGUGCCGGCGGCGUCGAAUCCAGAACUCAGCAGGACGGCAGGCAUCGAGGAGACGGAGAAGCCGCUUGUGCAACGAGCGGAGCCGGUUGCGGGGAUCAUCAACGGGAUCGAGCACGUUGCGACGGGCGACCUUCCGGGCGGCGUUCCGGAGAGUGAGAUGAAGACGGCACACGCGCACGCGCUGGGUCAUGUCAAGGCGAGCAAGAAGUCGGAGGUGAGCUCGUGAGUAAUUGCGGGUGCGCGCAUGCAUUGGAGGUCAUGGGUUGCUGCAUGAACGGGAGGCUGGCUAUGCAGACAGAAUAUGUCGAAACAGAUGUUCGCACGCCAUUUGUAGUGCUGCCUGGCAACGAGGCUGAAGGUGCAGUCAUGCGGUGUAGGGGUGCGCGCCUCCCCCAGGC